AUGCCGAAGCCAGAACUGGACCUGGAUGGCCCCGGCGUCACGGUGGCCGCCUCCAGCGGCAGCCCCGUCGCAGGUUCGGCGCCCUCUGGGCCAUCUUCGCCGCCGCGUGGCCAAGUCUAUUCCCCGUCGGACGACCUCGGCUGUGGAGCUAUGGCUGGAGUCUGUUUCGAGCAGAUCGAUGAAAAGGACACCGGUGACUUCAAGUAUGUCGGCUCUGGCCGCGGAGACUACGAACAG